AACUCAGACUGCCAAUAAGAGGCUUGUUUGAACUCAGCUGGUACGAGCGCGCGCCCCUGGGAGCGUGAGCGCGCUCGUGGCAUUGGAGCUGUUGAUCCUUUGCGUCACASCGCACGUUUGUCACUGGCGGGAGWGGAGUUUAUAUUCGAGGCACGGAGUGAGAAAACACACACCAACCUGCUACASGCACACACAGGCGUUAAAGGGCGACGCUACAAUGGCGUCCGUGAGUGUGGUGGGCCAGCAGCCGGGUCGGCACAGGCURGACUCGGAACCGCCGAUGGUGCUCUUCAAACUCUCCGGCACUAAGACCAGAAUCACCCUGCCGAGGAAGUCGUCCUGGGAGAAGAUGAUGUUCGCGAGGAGCUCCAGGAGCUGCGAGGACUUCGGCUCGGUCUCAUCCGAGUCUCAUCCGCUGUCUCCCGGACCGGCUGGAGGAACGGCGGUCGGWCGAGGGAUGCCCGGUGAAGGAUGCGGGGCCCCGUUUGAUGCGCCACGUAGCCCGAAACAGGAGGACGGCUGCGGGGCUCUCACCGGGUCACUGCAGGGUCAAGCCGGGCACGUCUCCAGCGGCUGCAGCAUCCUCCGGGAGGCAGAGCACAACGCCGGUAGCCGGCGGAGGAGCUCGCUGAACGAGUCCGGGGCAGAUGCCGUGCCGAGCGGAAGUCGCAGAAGACUCCACCGGCACCGGGACACACGGCGCGCGAGGCGGAACCCUCGGAGCGGAGACGCCGGUCCUCAGGGCAUCUCCUCCGCGGCGGUGCGAGCCCCGGCGGGGGAGAGCGACGGCCUGCCGCUGGAGCGGCUCACACAGGGCAGGACCGGGGUGGUGAAGCUGGCCCGCACCGAACCUCACCGCAUCGAGGCCUGGUCCAUCUUCCCCCAGGAGAUGGACCCUCGGGUGAGGACGGAGAGGGGCGAGGGACACCGCUUCGAGACGCAGCCGGUCAACCAGGACUGGUGUGACGUCUGCAGCCGGGAGAUCUCCGCGCAGGUUGUCAAGUGCCAGAACUGCAACUACUCCUGUCACCUCGAGUGUGCCGCUCACGUCCAGCUCGACUGCAACCAGAGAGACAGAAAGCAGCAAGAGAGCCCACACCCCAGGAGCCGCAGCUCCUCCGCAGCUCCUCAGCACAAGCAAAGUCAGACCAAGGAGGAAGAGGAGGGAGGGACUAAAGACCUGUCAGAGGAAGAGGUGCGGGCCAAGAUAGAAGAAUAUAACACUCAGGUGUCAGAAAAUGGCAUGAAACAGGCUGAAGACGGGUCUUACACCGGCUUCAUUAAGGUGCACCUGCGGCUGAGUCGACCCGUCACCGUCCCGGCCGUGAGGCCGCCGGGCUCGGAGGGGAACGGCAACCCGUGCGAGGACCAGGAGGAAACGGAGUGCGGCUACAGCGACAGGAGGACGUCCUUCUACUUGCCGUGCGACUGCGUGAAGCAGCUCCACAUCAGCUCUCAGACCACCACCAGGGAGGUGAUCCAGGGCCUGCUGAAGAAGUUCAUGGUGCUGGACAACCCCCGCAAGUUCGCGCUGUACCGGCAGACGCACCGCGACGGACARGACUUGUUCCAGAAACUCCCUCUGUCGGAGCGCCCUCUUCUGCUCAGGCUGAUCGCGGGACCCGACGCGGAGCAGCUCACCUUUGUGCUCAAGGAAAACGAGACCGGAGAGGUCGAGUGGCACGCCUUCUCGGUCCCCGAACUGCAAAACUUCCUGGUCAUCCUGGAGAAGGAGGAGGCGGAGCGCGUUCGAGCGGUGCAGCACAAAUACGCCCUUUACAAAACGAAGCUACAGCAGGCCCUGCAACACCAUGACCCCUGACCUCACCUCUCCCACCUGGAGGCAGAUGGGUCGUUUGAACUCUGACCCCCACCCCCCAUCAGAAAGACCCUGUGACCGAGUCAGAGAGCUGAACUUAUCUUUAAGCUCCUUCGACACACAGACACAAGGUUACUCAGGACGCACACACGCCCUCCUACUGUACAUCACACACACGUGCUCCUCGAUGGGCACGAUCUGGACGAGUGUUUUCAUUGCCAAGAACACACACACACACACACACACACACACGCACACACAGAUCUGGAACUUCAGCUUGAGAUCUUGUUUAAGACUGAUAGGACUCAGUGAUGUUUUUAAACGGUUUCCCGCUCCUUUUCUGCGACUUCUGCUGCUGCUACUGCAAGUGUUACUUAUGCAUGAGUCUCUCAGCUCAUCUGCCCCGCACAUAGAGUUCGGACUAAAACAGAAGGCAUGAUUACCUUUUUUUUGUGUGUGUGUGUGUGUUUGCAUCAAACUGGGACGGAAGGACAAUCAGACUGUUUUUUAUUUAUUUAAUUUUUUUAAUUAGCCCUUUUUUUCUUUUGCUGGACAUGUGGAUUUGUAAGGGAAUCGUUUCAUAUCUCCCCACCUAAAAUAAACGAGAAAACGUUGCUUCUCCUCUGAUACGACCGCCUUUUUUCCUCCUAAAUCCUCGUGUGAUGCUGCGAGAAUUGUCCUUAACCGACCCACCUCCCCAAACACGGCUGAACGAGAGAGGAAUUUGACACCAAAGCUUAUGAAGACAAUUAUCAGAUGAUUUAUAGAGGAUGAGAGGCGUUAAAAAUUGGAGUUUUUUUCAAAGUAAAAGCAGCGUCUGUUUUGCACAUGCAGGCCACAGAUAAUUCUGGGGGCUGGGCUUGCAUUUUAUUUAAUUUAAUUUAAUAUUUUUUGUCAUUACACCUUCCUCCUCAAAUAAAAAAAAAGAAAGGAAAAUAUUUAAGAUUUAUCAUAAUGGCUAUGAUGUACCAAUGAUAUGUUUGCAAUGCAUAUAUGUUAUGUAGACACUGGAAAAACACAAAGAGUGACAAGGUUUAACUUUGUUUUUAUUAUUUUAUUUUUUUGCGGUCAUUCCUUCUGAUGUGUGUGUGUUUGUCAUCCUGUGAUAGUGAGGAGAACAUAAAGAGUGUUUUAAUCCGAGUGUGUGUCCACCUUCAAGCCUCACUUAUUAGGUUUUAAAACGUGCUUUUAAGGUGUUUUAAAUUAGAGCGUGCAUCGGUAAAUAAAAAGAUCUCAUGGAAACGUUCACAUUUGUACGUUUCUGCUUUUUAUUUAGGGUCCAUAAGUGAGGCCUGUUGUCUGUGAGCACAUGCUCCUCCUAUCGUGUGUGUGUGUGUGUGUGUGUGUGUGUGUGUGUGUGUGUGUGUGUGUGUGUGUGNGUGUGUGUGUGUGUGUGUGUGUGUGUGUGUGUGUGUGUGUGUGUGUGUGUGUGUUUUAUGACCACCACCCACAGCUGUUCUUGCUGCUGGCAGUGCCUUUUGUUUCACGUGCCCCCGUGUUUCAGCACACACAGGUGCCUGCGAACACGUACGGGUGUUUAGUUUUGUUUUUGUUUUUGUUUUUGUUUUGUUUUGUUUCGUUUUGCAUGUGUGCAAAUACUGUAUGUGUUCCUUGGGUGGUGCUGUACUUCUUCUGUUUAUUCCCCAUCUCAGAAAUGCUUGACUUUUUUUUUUCCCAAGGAAUCCUGUGUGGAGGUAUGUGUGUGUUAUUUAUUUAAUGGUUCACAAACGUCCAUGUGUAAUGACUCUUUGUUGCUUUUUUUUUCACCCCCUCACCCCACCGUUUUAUUUUAUUUUUUUAUUUUGUUUUGUCUGUAGAAGUGUGUAUAAAUAUGAGUAAAUCUGUACAGAAUAUUCAGAUGAAAUAAAAAGAUAAUCCCGAUG